AGGCUGGAAGAGGAUCCCUGCAGCCUAGUUUCGGUGACUUCCGUUCCCCUUCUCCAGUUAACUUCAAAGCAAAUUUUGUCAGCUCUGCAUCAAAGAGCUAUGGUAAGAUUAUCUGAGCCUUCUCUACCCGUGGAUGACUUCCUCAGGAUCUGUAUAAUACUUCCACCUGAGGCCUCUUAUACGCAUCUUUACUCUUGUGCGGGUGGAGUUUCACAGUUUCAGUUCUCUUUGAGGAUGACACACUCAAAGUCAGCACUGGAUGCUGAUGGCUUUCUAUUUGUGGGCCACUACAGAAGCAAGUACAGAUCUGCC